AGAUCUGGGUUUUUCUCGAACCCACCCAGAUCUGGAGAGGAAGAAGAAGGGAGAAGAGAGAGCAAAAGAAUAAGAAGAAGGAAGAAGAAGGAUGAGUAGGAAAUCUGGGUUUACCUUGCUUUUUUUUUUUUUUUUUUGAGCUGCUAGAUUUUUCGAAGUUGCUGGUUUGCUUGGAGCUUGGAGGAGAUGCAGGAGAAAGAAGAAAGGAAGGUUGGAGGAUGAGGAUGAGGGCAUUUAACUCAAUUAUAUAAUAUUAGAGCAAUGGUAGUUGGUGGGCGAAGGGAUACUGUCUGCUUUUUGGCUACCUUUCUAUCUCUGUUUCUAAUAUCAUUGCUUCUGACAAAUGUUGAAGCUUUUGAUUAUCCAUCAACUGUGAAGCCUCCCGUCUCUUGGAGUAACCACCUCCCAACUGACUUCAAUUUUUGGGAAUCAGCAGGGGAGAGACCUAUCUUGGUUAAUGGGGGUUUUGUGUGUGGCUUCCACUGCAAAUUUGAAGGAACCGCCUGCCUCUUUGCUAUUUCCAUCCUUCCAUCCAGUUUUGAUGAAAACUCCAACUUUUCUACACAAAUGGUAUGGACUGCUCAUAGAAACAAGCCGAUUGGAUUUGGGGCCAAAUUGCAAUUUUCUCAAGAAGGAGAUUUAACACUGCAAGAUGAUCAUGGCACUCUGGUUUGGUCUACAAACACAACAGGUAAAUUUGUUUCAGGAAUGAAGUUAACUAAUCAGGGUAACCUUAUACUGUUUGAUAGAAACAAUGAGACGGUUUGGCAGUCUUUUGAUCAUCCGACAGACUCUUUGGUUAUUGGGCAGAGGCUAGUUUCUGGACAGAAAUUGGUGGCAAGUAUUUCAGCCACAAAUUGGAGUGAGGGUUUAUAUUCAUUUUCAAUUGAUAAUCAUGGUUAUUUUGUAGCUUCUGCGGGGUCAGAUGCUACUGUAGUCUAUUAUCGAUCCGAUGACAACUCUGGAUUUAGUUUUUUACAAUUAGGCUCUGAUGGGCACUUGAAGUCCUUCGGGUGGGUAGAAUCAAACUGGAAGGAAGUCGAUGAUUUCUUUAGCUUUCAAGUCGAUCGAUGUGAUUACCCAUUGGCUUGCGGAAAAUAUGGAAUUUGUAUACAAGAAGGAUGUAGUUGCCCAGAACCAGUUGAAAAAAAUGGACCUAUGUAUUUCAGGCAGAUAAAUCCUUCACAGUCAAAUCUUGGGUGUUAUCCAGAUAAUCCACUAUCUUGUGAGUCUCCUCAAUGGCAGAGUCUUCUUGAGCUGAAGGACAUAGAUAACCCUGGUCCAUCAAGUUUGAACUCUUUUGCUUAUAUCAGAACAGACAUAGAGAGCUGCAAGAGAGCCUGUUUAAAGAAUUGUUCUUGCAUGUAUGUUGUUUUUCAACCUUCUAAUAAAACUUACUCGGAUCCUGGCUACUGCUUUCUUAGAUCUGAAGCUUUGUCAUUCAAGAGAGCACGUACAUAUACAAGUCAAUCUCUAUUUUUGAAGGUGCAGAAUUCUCCAACAGCACAGAUUCCACAAAGGAAUCGUUCAUCACCAGCACAGAUUCCACUAAGAAAGAAAAGACAGAAUGUAGGAGUUGUAGUUGGAUCCACUCUUGGAGUCACUUUUAGUGUGCUUCUUAUCUGCACUCUCUUUUUACUACAAACUAAAAAAGAUCCAAAGGAUAUUGAGGAGGAUUAUCUGGGCCACAUAUCAGGAGCACCCAUGAGAUUCUCUUAUGAAGAGUUAAGGGUUGUAACCAACAACUUCAGCAACAAGCUCGGCGAGGGAGGAUUUGGUUGUGUUUUUCAAGGAGCAUUACCUGGAAGUGCUCAAGUUGCAGUAAAGUGCCUUGAUGGUUUUGGUCCUGUAAAGAAGUCAUUUAUAGCUGAGGUUGAGACCAUAGGAAGCAUUCACCAUUUCAAUUUAGUACGAUUGGUUGGGUUUUGUGCUGAGAAACUAUGCAUGCUUUUGGUUUAUGAGUACAUGUGUAAUGGGUCAUUGGAUCAAUGGAUCUUCUACAGAGACAAAGCGCUUGUUCUUGGUUGGCAAUGUAGAAGGAAGAUCAUUCUAGACAUAGCCAAGGGACUAGCAUAUCUCCACGAAGAAUGCAGGCAGAAAAUAAUUCACUUGGAUAUCAAACCACAAAACAUCCUCUUGGAUGAAAAUUUCAAUGCCAAGGUUUCUGAUUUUGGGUUGUCUAAGCUAGUAGGGAGAGAGCAAAGCCAAAUUGUGACAACGAUGAGGGGAACACCAGGUUAUAUGGCCCCGGAAUGGUUGAACUCGGCAAUCACAGAAAAAGUAGAUGUAUAUAGUUUUGGCAUUGUUGUUCUGGAAAUUUUAUGUGGAAGAAAAAACAUUGAUCGAUCUCUACCGGAAGAGGAUGCCCAUUUGGUGAGCCUUUUUAAGAGAAAGGUUGAGGAUGGUCAACUUCUGAAUCUAGUGGAUAAGUGCAAUGAGGAGAUGCAAUCAAAUACAGCAGAGAUUGUGGAGAUGAUGAAAGUUGCAGCAUGGUGUUUGCAAAGUGAUUAUGCUAGGAGGCCUUCAAUGUCCAUUGUGGUGAAGUUCCUAGAGGGUAAAAUGGCUGAUGAAAACGAAUAUGAUUUCUCAAAUCCACCAGGACCGUCUGAAGUGGAAACUCUCGGACACCAAAUGGAUGCAGCUGCAGUUACUGCUUCUACAUUGAUUCCAUCUAUCCUAUCUGGUCCAAGGUGAUGAUAUGGGGGGAGGAGAAGACAUAAAGCACGUGCUACAAUGUGUUAACUCGAUCGGCUUCAUCUCUUCCAUUUAAAUGCUAAGUAAUUGAGAAAAACUUCACUGCCCAAUUAGCGUAAGAGUAGAGACUGCCGCCAAAAGAGAAAUCGAUGGAGUGAAGUCCUUUCCUUGUGUUUGGGGUGUUUUUUUUUUUUCAAUUACAAAUUUGUCAUUUUUGUUUUAGUGUAAUACUAUUAGCUACUUCAACUUCAAACUUGUGUUGCAGCUCGAAUAUUGAAUUAUGAGUGUCAAUGUUACUGGUGUGAUCUUUU